AUGUCCGGCGCCGACGUCAAGAGGGCUCUGGAGAGCAGCCCCGAGACCAACGUCGAGGAUGAGCUGCCCGACGGGCCGCCGCACCCGCGCCCCAACAACUACCUGCUCCUCAGCAUCCUCGCCUGCUUCUGCCCCGCCUAUCCCGUCAACAUCGUCUCCUUCGUCUUCGCCGUCAUGGCUUUGAACAGUUAUAAUCAAGGAGAUAUAGAAGGGUCAAAAAGAUUGGGUCGCAACGCGCUCUGGGUCGCUGUCGCCUCAAUCAUCAUUGGCCUUGUCAUCAUUGGCAUCUACUGCGUAGUUCACUUCACAACGCAUGCUAUCUGAAUACGAGGACUGCGCUUGAAGGAUAUCGCCAUGUAAACCUCAAGAGGGAAAGUAAGAAGAAGAAAACAAAGUUCUUCAUUCCAGACUAUUAGAUUUGACCCUACAAGUCUCUUUGCAGAGGCACGUUGCUGGUGGAUCAACUGAUAAUUCAGUUAUUUAAUCGGGGUGGUAUGACCAGGUAUUCAAAAAGAUUUAUUUAUAAGGAAUCUCAGUAUAAAACAGAAUUUUCUCUUUUAUGCUAUUGUACAAUGAAAUCUUGUCCUAAUGCCUCCCUUUUCCUUCUAAUUUAUAUGAAAUGUAUGCUGGAUCCAUGAGGUUCCCUGGUCGAGUCUAGCCAAAGCCAAACUAUCUAGAUUGCUUAUAGUGCACGGCAUGGGAUCUGAUGCGCAGCCCGCCAGCAGCAGAACUCCUGUUCCCUCCAGUGGGCUUUGGUCACUCCAUUAGGGAUUUGUGUAUUCCUUUAAAAGAGCCUCAACAUAUAGGCAUAACCACAGGUUUGUGAUUUUAUCUUGCUCUCCGAUUUUAUAAUGCUGCAUAAUCUGUCAGCAGCCGCUUUGGCACUUGCAGCUUUUCAGGUUUUGAUGUUGCUUUUUUGACUGAUUUCAGUCAUUUGAUUAUUGAGACCCUCUUGUUCCAUAGCAUUUUUUUCUAAAUGAUAUCUUUUCGUUUUGUUGUCUUUCACUGUUGAACUCUCUCGGCUUAGAUUCAGACCUGCAUUAAAGUUGUACUGAGCAUAUUUUUCUCUUUAAAACCCUCAGAUCUGCGUUUUUCUGUUUUUUGAUCUGACAAAGGAUCUUGUUUUUAAUUAGAAGUGCUUCUCCAUCCCUUUAUUAUUACUCCUCUAACAAGUCACAUAGUUUCAUUAUAUUCUGCUUUGUCAGUGUCUUUUUGUUUUAUUCACCCUCUCAUCUUGUUAUGAUCUCUAUGUCAGUGGAGCUGUUAGAUACGGGCAAAUUCUUCUACCCUAUUUAAUGUUACACAGACUCCUGCUGACCUU